UCUCGGCCUUCACUCAGAAGAUGGGAUUUGAUUCGCUCCUGCUCAUGUCAAUCUCUUUCACUGCGACCCAGCGACCAAUCAGAGAGCUCGGAGUGUUCAGUCUCAGCCAGCCAAUCAGAGAGCAGGUGAGUCUUUACCUGGAACAGGCAGAAAACUCCGCCCUGGACCUUCGGCCAAUCAGCUGUGUCCAUCCACACGUCACCGCCUUCCACCAAGGGAACAGCGUGGCGUCCAGGAAGAAGCUGCUGCCGCUGCUGAAGGACUUCCUGUGGCGCGGCGGUCAGGAACUCGUGGUCCCACCCACUCCGGUCAACAGUCUGGUGGAAGGAUGCCCCCUGGACCGAGGACUGAGCCCCACAGAGCUCCAGACCAGACUGAACCAGGACUGGACCAGAACUUAA